AUGUGUUCCAGACUGGAAUUGUUCAAGCGUCGCGAGUAUUUGUGCCAUUUAUCUACGGAGCAGAAAAUCAAGCGGUGUCUUCCCUAUCUCAAAUGCCAGGAACAGGGUUGUAAAUGUUUGACUUGGAAGCUAAGCAUGGACAAAGUGCAAGCCGAGUCUGGCAAUUGCAAAUAUUGUGGACAUGUGCAUUCAACUUUUACUGCAGAAGAAGACCUUGCAUGGUUGGAUUUGGCUGUCCAGAUGGUAGAGGACGUAGAACAUCUGUAUAUUUUGUGCGCGAGUGAAAGUGAUUGUGAGACGCGACAUUUAUACUUUUGUAUAUUAAAGCGCGUGCGUAAGGCUCUGGUCAAUAGAGUGAAGCCUAUCUUUGAUGAUCCCCCUCCUUUUGAACGACCGUCUAUAGAAACGACCGUGCGUAGUGUUCUUUUGCGGCACUAUGUGCGCGACAAUCGAGAGCUUGAAUCCAUAGCUAAACUGUGCAAGCUGUUCCUUGCAUUUGCCAACGCAUGGAAGAUGGGAUACCCUAUACUUCGUGCAAACAAACAUGAAAACAGGACUGGUUAUAGACUCAUUUACAUGAGAUGGAUGUGCCAUUGCUACGUACCCCAGUUCUGUUUCAGUCUACCCUACUACACCCCAACAUCGGCUUUUGGGAAGAAUUUCCUGGUGGCAGUUCUCCCGGAACUGAAAAGGAAACUAAUUGAAAAGAUCAUGCAUGAGAAUACCACGGCCUUUGGUUUGGAUAAAAAACAGCAGGUGAUCCUUCCCCUAGUGAAAUUCAUUUCGCACCUUGAAGACGAGGCACAUAACCCUUCCUGUACUUGGUGGGAUACGCAUUCGCACUCGAUCCCGUUUUUAAGUAACGCAUAUCUCCCAGGCGCCCAGUCUCCAUCGCAUAAUGAAGAUUCCAUGCUGCGAAUUCCUCUGCAACAAAGCAAAGUAGCGAUAAAAGAGUCUUUUCCCCAAGAUGGUGGACAAUUCUCAGGUGAUCAACAUUUCACCUCGACAACGAAGGCGGAAGAUAUAGUACUACAGAGACGAGCAAGUGUCCGUCUUCGUAACCAGAGCCAACAAGAAUGUAGGACCUCUUUGUCCAGCCAAAUGAAACUGGAGGAACAUGGGAUAUCCGCAAACCAGGGGGAAUCCGCAGAUGACACACAUAUACUAUCCAAACGUCCUCGAAUGUCUGUACCAGGUGAUAUCAACCCGCUGGAGUUGCAGCAGGUUUUGCAGGAAAUUACUGCGCAACCAAAUUCCGGAGUUGAACCUACGCCAUUUCACACGCUACAUUCAUACCAUGCAACGCGUGAUGCAGCUGCUCGACGUGAAGAGUCUACCGGAAAUAUUGAAUUCCACAUUGUGAACAAUAGUCUUAAUCACAACCAACCUCCCCAAACUUACAUUUGGCUUUUGGAACUCUUGAAUGUGUUCGCACUUCAACUGCCUAGGAUGCCGAAGGAAUAUAUUGCUCGGCUAGUGUUCGAUCCAAAACACAAAAAUCUCAUUCUUCUGAAAGUUUCAGAAGCAGGCGAGAAGCAUGCCAUUGGUGGCAUAUCCUUUCGAAUGUUCCCGUCUCAAGGCUUCACUGAGAUUGUUUUUUGUGCAGUGAUUUUCAACGAACAGGUCAAAAUUAUUAGCUGUUUGAUUGAGCGACGGAAAGACUCUCUGGGUAAAUCAUUUCCCGGAAUACCAGCAAGGCUCUUUCGUAAUGGACCGUUGCAACUUCAUCAAGUCCCAGGUCUUCUCGAGUCAGGAUGCGCACCAGCGCAUUGGUCGAAGAAAGAUGAGCCAGAUUUCGUUUUGCAGACCGCUUGUCUGUCGAAUGAUGUUGGUAAGCUGACUGAUGGAACGGAUUCGGUUGACCAGACAGCCUUCGGGACAAUUGAGGUUUCGGACCCAACUGGUUCCCAAAGGAAACUUCGCCGGCGCUGUGUUCAAGCGUAUCCUGCUGUACCGAGACUCAAUGCCAUGGCCAAACCGACAAAAUUUCCUGUGAGAUCUACACGUCGAGGAUCACUUACGAACAUACCGUUGGAUACUUUAUCCGCGAACGAUUCGGUUAACAAAAUUGGUUCAAACGACGUUAACGAACUGGCCACUCAGCUAAGACCGAUUUUGACCGCUCUGCGUAACCACAUACUAGCAGCUCCGUUUCAACGUCCUGUGACGUCCGCAGAAGCACCGGAUUAUCAUGAUAUAAUCAUAUUUCCCAUGGAUCUGGGCACGAUGUGGGACCGGCUGAAGUCCCGAUACUACACAACGAAGGCUCUGUUCAUAGCGGACAUGAUGCGGAUAUUUCACAAUUGUCGUGUCUACAAUCAGCCGGAAUCUUAUCUUGUUAAGUGUGCUAAUACACUGGAACGAUUCUUCAUUAAUCAAAUGAAGGAGGUUAAUCUUUGGCAGUGACGCUAUCCAAUUUUUGUACCUGUCUUGACUCCGCAUUAAUCUCAUUUUCCUCUUGUCUCGCAUAAGUAUUUAUUUUAGUCCAAUCAGUAUGCUGGGUUUGUGUUCAGUACACUGCAUCCGCAGUAUGUGCCAUGAAUGCGUAACUCCUGUGCUUUCAUCACUAUCUACCUGUUGUCA